UGCAAACUAGCCAACUUUGUGUGUGUGUGUAGUUGGGGGAGGGUGUUGGAUUAAAGCGGGGGGAGGGGAGUUUAGAAAUCUAUAGCUCCCCCAGCCAGGCUGAACUGAUGCCUGCUGACACAUGGGAUCUUGUCAAGGGGUUGCUGAUGCUGUUUGACCGUUGAAAAUGAGAGCAAAACCCCUUCUGCUUUCUGUAAGGAAAAAGCCGGAGGAGAAAGACAAUCAAACUCCAGGGCCCUCAGAGGGGAGGUUUCGUUUUCCUCACACCUAACCUUGUUAAUUUCUUUAAAGGAUUAUUAUUUUGAACUGGCAGCAGUGCCUCCUUCACAGGAAUGUGUCCAAGAAAAUAGCUUCUGCUGGGGGAAUGGAAGAGGGAGGGAUGGAGAGGGAAAGGUGAUCCGUACUGUCUCUCUGAUUGUUUUUUAAUUGAGAGUUCCAGUUAGUUUGUUGUGUAAAUGACAGAUGUGACUUGAUGUCAAAAUACUUUCCCCUCCCCCCCAAAAAAAAAGGUGGGGGGAGGAGAAGAGUUUGUUGUGAAAACUUAGUGGUUUAAAUUGUGGCGUGUGGAGUAGCAGCGACCUCUGUCGGUCGGAGAGGGAAUCAAUCGCUUUUUGGAUGUGUAUGGUGUGUGUGUGUGUGGGGGGGGGUUAAUGUUGUUGUUACAAUAUUAUGAAAUAGACUUGAUUGCCCAGGAGGGAGGGGAGGGAAAUAAAAAAUAAUCCUCCAUUUUUGACAAUUGGUGGCUUCUCUUCCAUUGUUUGAAUCUGACUCUUAAAGCAUUCUGCCCAAGAUCUGAGUGUGUUUAUACACAAGGGGUUGGUCUGAAAAAUCUAAAAAGCAAAUAUGGAAAAAAAAAAAAAAGCCCACAUCAGUGAGUGUUGCCACUGACUUCACUGCAUGCAGGAUCAGCAAGUAACUUGGUUUGGGAGUUCAGGAGAUCUAGAAUGGUGAUCUCCAACCUCUAACUAGGGGCAAAAUUCUCAUGGGCUCCAGAAAAGGUUUUCCCUGACUCCAGGAUUGGGCCCUUAGCCUGUCAUCAGAUCCAUCUGGAUUCUUGUCCUGAGGUUUUAAAACUUGAAUAAUUAUUGCAAUAUUGUAUUGAAGGUGAAGUGCUUUCAGAAUAAAUGCCAGCUUCCUUCCAGCAGGUCGGAAGGGCUUGUUUUACAGCUAAGAAACCCCUUCAGAACUAUUUUGAGGCAAAACUUUUUUUCUCAUGGAGCAAGACCUGCAGUCUGCAUUACAACUGUCUGUGUUUUACAACCAGCAAACUAUCAUUUAGAGAAGCCCUCAAAUGCUUCUUUUUGUCAAGUAAUCGGUGAUUAAAAUAUUGAAAGGCUGUGUAAGGAUCUUGGAGAAGAAUGGAUUCUUUCAUUGUUCCAGGAAGACCAGACUUCAUGGCUAGGAAAGUUCUCAAUACUUAGGGGCAAAAUAGGCCAAAGAUCCCUAGUGAUGUGUUUCUAUUCCAAUUCCAUCCUUCACCCUCCUGUUUUGACUGCCUGAGUCAAUCAGAGAAGAAAUGACAUUUCACUGAUUACUCUUUAUUCUAAAGAGAAGAAACUCUGAAUGAGAGAUGAUUAUCAAAGAGAACUCCAAAAGCAUGUAUGAUGCUUUUUUGUUGAAUUUUGCUAGCAUUCUCGGCUUGUCUAAAUAUUGAGGACUUUUAAGAGUUCUUUCUGAGUCUAAAAUAAGCCCAGCAGAAACAUUAAGUUUGGAUGGAAACGCUCGUAAAAAUAAUAAUGUUGUUCAGACGUGUUUUAAGAGGAACAGAAUUACAUUGACAAAAUUAUAUGUUCUGCCUGGACAGGGGUGUCUUAUUUUCUGAGGGAAAAUUAAGAUUUAUACAACAAAGCUAAAGGGUGCCAUCUAGUGGUUUCCUUGGAAAUUCCUUUUGCUGGUUGCAGCUGAUCUGUCAAGCUGGGAAAAUCCAAAAACAUGCUGAAUACAGUACUUCCAAAAAACCUGCUACCUAGUCAAAAAUUGGCAACGAAGAAUAUAGACACAUGCCACAAACUAAUUGACUAGUCCAACUGAAAACAAGCAAGUACCUAUUAAAAUGUUAUUGAUAUCACUAUCUAGAGCUCUUGUCUGGAUAUUUUCAUGAAAUCCCAUCUAAAACAUUUCCUAUCUGUGGUGUUUAUCUACUGUCCCUGAAUCUUUGCCUAACAUAGGUUGUCGUGUAUCACAACAUUAUGUAUUUUUUUUUUUUUAAGAUUUCAGUCACAUCCCACAUACCAGCAAAUCUACUAGUUUAUAUGAAAGUCUUAAAUAUAGUAUUUGUCAAGGUGUUUUCCAAACACCAGUGUAAAUGCAGGUGGAAAAACUUAAUUAAGGAGUUAAUGCCAAGUUUUAAAAAUCCUAUUUCAAACAACUUUUUUUAAUGUGUUGCUGGAGCUUUACAUGAGAGAGAAAAUAAUUUAAAUAUGCAAGUUACUUGUUUAUAUUUCUCCUCUUGAACAAGGAAAAAACAUUUUUAGCUCCCAGUGCUGCAAUAUUUGGCAUGCAAACUCUGCCUCGGGGAUGUUUAUAGUUGGAGCUUUUAAAAUAGUGGCUCCUAUGUUUUGGAACAUUUUGUUUAAAAACUAAAUUUGGAGAAAAUUUGACUUGACAAGAGUCCCUCCUUUUCAAUCUUUCAUUCUGGCUUGUAGUGAAGUCUGGGGAUCUGUAAUCAAGACCCGUCUUUUAAGAACUCCCAUAUUUUUGUACUGAUUUAGUUUUAAACAAUUCUUGAGUGACUAGUAAAACUACUGCAAAGCCUGUCACUUCCAUGUUGGACAGUUUUAUCUCAAAAGGUUUGGCGUUAGGGUGACCCCAAGCAUCUAAAUGUUAGUAAACUUUUUGAGACUCGACUUUUUUAGGCGGCCAAUUUAGGCAAUGCUGGGGUGUGUGUGCGUGUGCUUUUUUUGUUUUUUUGUUUUUUUUAUUGCCCUAUGCACAAGAUUUUUCUCCAUUUCCAUUUACAGCUGGAAACUGAAAGUUUAAGGUUUGUGUUGUGCCUUUCUGACCAUUUCAAAACCUCAGUUGAAAUUGAUUUCCUAGAAGGGGAGGAAUAGUGGUUGAUGGUUGGCUUUCUCUCCGGUCUUUGUAAUAGGCUAGUCUUUUCACCUCCAAUUACAGUUAUUACUAGUCAGUCAGACACAAUGAAGACAUGAAUUGUACUUACCACAACACAGGGAGGUUCUGGAUUAAUGCACUACAGAAUUGCUCACACGGGAGAGAGAUUUCUCCCUGAGUCACAGCACUGGGUGUUCUGUAAGAUAAUUUACAUGGCAUCUUCCCAAAAUACACUCUUAUUUUAAACAAAUGUAAUGUGUGCUAGCGGCCACUAGAAGCAGCGGCGAGGGCUAAAUUUACUUGCUGGGUCUGAGAGCUGCAGUACACCUGAGGAUGUACCCACAGUCCAAAGUUGCAGUUAUGGUUUGAAAGAAGCGUUUGGGCUGUGAAUUGAGGCAUUGGGCAGAGUCAAGAUGGCCUCUCCGGCAGACAGCUGUAUCCAGUUCACCCGCCACGCCAGCGAUGUCCUGCUCAAUCUCAACCGCCUGCGGAGCCGGGACAUCCUCACCGACGUCGUCAUCGUCGUGAACCGGGACCAGUUCAGAGCCCACAAAACAGUCCUCAUGGCCUGCAGCGGCCUCUUCUACAGCAUAUUCACCGACCAGCUCAAGUGCAAUCUGAACGUCAUCAAUCUGGACCCGGACAUCAACCCCGAGGGGUUCUGCAUCCUCUUGGACUUCAUGUACACCUCCCGCCUCAACCUGAGGGAAAGCAACAUCAUGGCCGUCAUGGCCACCGCGCUCUACCUGCAGAUGGAGCACGUCGUGGAUACUUGCCGAAGGUUUGUCAAGUCUAGCGAAGCCGAGAUGGUCUCCGCGGUGAAGACGCCCAGGGAAGAGUUCUUGACGGGCCGGAUGCUGGGUCAUCCGGAGGUGAUGGCUUACAGGAGCAGGGACAUGUCUGAGAACAACAUGCCUCUCCGAAACAUGUCUCUCUGCGAUGGGCGGGCCUUUGCCUCCAGCUUGUACAGUGGUCUGUCUGGACCGCCCCUUUCCUACCCGGGAUACAGCCCCAUUCCAGUCAAUGGUUUCCUCUUAGAUGAUGAACUGAGGGAGGCGAGGAUGCCCCUGCCGGAGAUCUCGAGGGCCAACCCUUUCCCAAAGGAGAGAGUGCUGCCGUGUGAUGGCUCCAGGACCAUCCCUACUGACUACAGCAGAGUCGUCACCGACGUUUCAGCCGCCACGUGCCACGCUACCGUCUAUUCUCCGAAAGAGGCAGCUGCCGAGGAGGCCAGAGGCGACAUGCCCUACAGCGUCACCGCUGGCCCUAAGCCUGUCGCGCCGUCGGCCCGAAACAACCCCUAUUUCCCCUGUGACAAAGCGGCCAAAGAAGAAGAGCGCACCUCUUCCGAAGACGAGAUAAGCCAACACUUCGACUCAACCAACACCUCCAUGAACCGCAAGGGGCUCGUCAGCCCGCAGAGCCCGCAGAAGUCGGACUGCCAACCCAACUCGCCGACCGAGUCCAGCAGCAGCAAGAACGCCCGCAUCGGUCAAGGCUCCGGCUCGCUGGGCACCAAGAGCCCUACCGACCCCAAAGCCUGCAACUGGAAGAAGUACAAGUUCAUCGUCCUCAACAACCUCAACCAGAGCACCAAGCAGGACGGUGGCGAACAGAACGAGGCCGGGACUCUCUCACCUCGCUCCUACAUGUCUGUGUCGUCUUGUCAGCAGUCCAUGGAAGCUGAGAACCUAGAGGUCCAGUCCCCGGCCAAGCUGAGCAUCAAUGGGGAAGACUCGACAAUCCCACAAGCCAGCAGACUCAACAACAUUGUGAACAGAUCCCUGGACGGGUCCCCUCGGAGCAGCGAGGGGCAGUCCCCUCUGUACCUGCAUUCCUCCAAGUGCAGCUCCUGCAGCCCCCAGUCCCCCCAGCAUUCUGAGAUGUGCCUUCACACCCCCAGCUCGGGCUUCGGAGAGGAAAUGGGCGAGACCCACUCGGAAUACUCCGACUCCAGCUGCGAAAAUGGAGCCUUCUUCUGCAACGAGUGCGACUGCAGGUUCUCGGAGGAGGCUUCUCUCAAGAGGCACUCCCUGCAGGUGCACAGCGAUAAGCCCUACAAGUGCGACCGCUGCCAGGCCUCCUUCCGCUACAAGGGGAACCUAGCCAGCCACAAAACCGUUCACACAGGCGAGAAGCCGUAUCGGUGCACUAUCUGCGGCGCGCAGUUCAACCGGCCGGCCAACCUGAAGACCCACACACGCAUCCACUCGGGAGAGAAGCCCUACAAGUGCGAGACCUGCGGAGCCAGAUUUGUCCAGGUGGCCCACCUCCGAGCUCACGUGCUAAUCCACACUGGCGAAAAGCCCUACCCCUGUGAAAUCUGUGGCACGCGCUUUCGGCACCUGCAGACGCUGAAAAGUCACCUUCGAAUCCACACAGGAGAGAAGCCGUACCACUGCGAGAAGUGCAACCUGCAUUUCCGCCACAAAAGCCAGCUGCGGCUCCACCUCCGGCAGAAACACGGCGCCAUCACGAACACCAAGGUGCAGUACCGCGUCUCCACGGCGGAGCUGCCCCCAGAGCUGCCCAAGGCGUGCUGAAAGCCUGCUGGAUUUCUCCAGGGGAGGGGUGCGUGUGCGUGUGCGAGUGCGUGUGCGUGUGCGUGUGGAAGGGGAGAAGAUAUCCAAAGGAUACUUGUAACACUUUAAAACUUUCAUCACACGAUGGAGUGCCUCUAAGCCCAUAGAGCAGAUAGGUGGGAAAAAAUAUUAAAAAAUACACGGGUUUUAUUUUUAUUUUUCCCAGGUAUGUGAAACUAAAAGAACUUAUUGAGAUUUAAAUAUGUAUAGAAACGUCUGUGCAGUGGAGCGUUGAUAAACUCUGGAGUUUAACCUUCACAGUCUGAAGAUGAGGAAUGUAAUGUUAAUAUACGGGAACAGUUGGGUUUAUCGUUGUUGGGUUUUUUGGGUUUUUUUGCUUUCUUUUUGUAUGCAAAAUGUGUGCUCUUUUAAAGAGAAGAAAAGAAUUGUGUGUACUAUUGAAGAGAGGGCUUUAACUUUUUUAACCAAAGGUGAAGGAAUCUAUGACAGAGUUGUAAAUAUAUAUAUAUAUAUAUAAAUAUAAAUAUAUAUAUAUAAAAUAAAUAUAUAUAGACCUUAAAGAUAUAUUAAAAAUAUAUAAAAUGCAUUAAAGGCUUGAGUUAGCAUCUGCAGGCAGAUGCUGAUUGGAGACUCUUUAGUGUGAUAGAGCACUUACCAAGAUAUUUUGAAGUAUUGCAUCUGUAUAAGUAAGAAAAUAUUUUGUCUAAAUGCAUCAGUGUAUUUGUAUUUUUUUGCAAGUGAAGGUUUACAAUUUACAAAAAAAAGUGUGUAUUAAACCAACCAAGCUGCAGAAGGAAUUUAAGAUAAUAAUAAAGUGUAAUUUUUUGUUUUGUUUUCAGUCUGUAUAUAUGUAAAAUGUGUUUCGCACGGUGCCUUUCUUUUCAAUGGACGUUUUCAAUGUAUGAACUAUAUGAGCCCAGUUUCCUUUUUAAGGUACAGCCUGAUGUUGCAAAGAGUCCUCUGGCAGAACUGUUUAUUGGGAAAUAUUUUGUUUUUUGGGUCUUUUUAUUUUCGGUCUUAUUUUACAUGCUUGUGUUAUGAACAGUCUCGGGAGACAGGGUUUGGGCUGUGUCUAAACUGCAUUAAUGCGUUCUGUAAAGUAUAGCUGUACAAAUACAAGAAUAAAACGAUGAAAAGUAAACUA